AUGGCUACUCCUACACCCUCCCCCUCCCCACUUCCUCCCCCUAUUGAUACGUCCUCCAUUGAUAAGCUCCAGCUCGCCGCGGACAAGUCCGCAGUCAACUGGCACUCCUUCGUCGGCAGCAUCCGACGCGUUCUCUCCGACGCAUGGGUUCCCCCCUACCGUGUCCUUGACGUCAUCCUCCGCCGCCCCCAUGCCCUCCCCCCCACCGAACCUCCCCACCCCGGCGAGACUCCUCCUCUUCCUCCUACUCCUGGCGACCCUCCUCGUGAACCCGAUCUUCAGAUCACCCCCGACCAAGCCACUGCGGACACUGAUUUUAUCCUACGCCGCCGUGAAUACCUCAUCCGCAAAGCCGAGUACGAUGCUGCAGUUGAGGCCUAUGAUCAGGCGGUUGCUGGUCGCGACGCUCACCUCGAGGUCGUCGCCAAAUACAAGGUCGACAUGGCUGACUUCACCCCCAGACUCAUCGCCUGGACAGCUGCUGACACCCGUGCCUGCACCGUUCUCCUUGGAGCUCUCCCUGACUCCCUCAUGCGUCGCUUCCAGGCUCGGGAACUCCGUGCCUCGGUCAUCUGGGCAGAACUCCAUGCCAUGUUUGAGCGCCGCGACAUCAGCUCCGUCGGCAUCCUCUUCCAAGAGUAUUUUUCCAUCACCCUCGCCACCUGUGACGGAGCAGUCGACUACGUCGGACGCAUGCGCGAGGUAGCUGAUCGCCUCGAAGCCCGCCAGGCCGGCCUCUCCGAACCUCUUCAAAUCCACCGCCUCCUCUUUAACCUCACCCCAGACUACGAAUCCCGCCUCCACGCCUUUACCGAAGCCAAUCCCAUGGCCGGUCUCGCCUCCGUUGAACAGUGGAUUAUCGACACCGAAGUUAAACUCCGUACACCCAUCGUCAACCUCGCCUCCUCCCAACCCACCUCCUCCUCCCUCAACGCUACCCAGCCUCGCAAGCAGGGAAAGAACAACGGCAAAGGAGGAGGUGGGGGCAAGGGAGGUGGUGGUUCGGGAAGCAGCAACAACCGUGGUGGCACCACUGGGGAUGAGCACGGCACCACCACUUCGGGUGGACCCACUGCAAGUCGCGGGAGUCGCCCUGGCACGCUUCCUCCCUGCACCUAUGUCCGCCGCUAUGGUCCUCGGGCUGGAACUCCCUGCGGACAGACCAACCAUCCCCCUGGCACGUGCUUCAAGGCUCUCGACGAUGCCUGUGGAGGGGGAGUGGUGCUGCAGUGGAGGGGGAGUGGUGCUGCACUGGAGGGGGAGCGGUGCUGCAGUGGAGGGGGAGUGGUGCUGCAGUGGAGGGGGAGUGGUGCUGCAGUGGAGGGGGAGUGGUGCUGCACUGGAGGGGGAGUGGUGCUGCAGUGGACGGGGAGUGGUGCUGCAGUGGAGGGGGAGUGGUGCAGCAGUGGAUGGGGAGUGGUGCUGCACUGGAGGGGGAGUGGUGCUGCACUGGAGGGGGAGUGGUGCUGCACUGGAGGGGGAGUGGUGCUGCAGUGGACGGGGAGUGGUGCUGCACUGGAGGGGGAGUGGUGCUGCAGUGGAGGGGGAGUGGUGCUGCAGUGGAGGGGGAGUGGUGCUGCAGUGGAGGGGGAGUGGUGCUGCAGUGGAGGGGGAGUGGUGCUGCAGUGGAGGGGGAGUGGUGCUGCAGUGGAGGGGGAGUGGUGCUGCAGUGGAGGGGGAGUGGUGCUGCAGUGGAGGGGGAGUGGUGCUGCAGUGGAGGGGGAGUGGUGCUGCACUGGAGGGGGAGUGGUGCUGCACUGGAGGGGGAGUGGUGCUGCAGUGGACGGGGAGUGGUGCUGCACUGGAGGGGAGUGGUGCUGCAGUGGAGGGGGAGUGGUGCUGCACUGGGGGGGGAGUGGUGCUGCACUGGAGGGGGAGUGGUGCUGCACUGGAGGGGGAGUGGUGCUGCACUGGAGGGGGAGUGGUGCUGCACUGGAGGGGGAGUGGUGCUGCACUGGAGGGGGAGUGGUGCUGCACUGGAGGGGGAGUGGUGCUGCACUGGAGGGGGAGUGGUGCUGCACUGGAGGGGGAAUGGUGCUGCACUGGAGGGGGAGUGGUGCUGCAGUGGAGGGGGAGUGGUGCUGCAGUGGAGGGGGAAUGGUGCUGCACUGGAGUGGUGCUGCAUUGAAGGGCACAGAGCAAAGGAGCACGGUGGUGGAUAACUAUACACUGCCGACGAAGGACGAAGAGGCUAGGGAGCAGCAGACAAGACGGCUGCUUCAGGCGAGCAGAGCAGACGGGUGGUACAGGCGGGCUGAGCAGACGGGUGCUACAGCGAGCAGAGCAGACGGGUGUCACCGCUCCAAUAAUGGGCUAUCCUCGUUACAGGGAUACACGCUGACGUCGGUGCGGACUCGUUACAAGAGUGCGACGUGGAAGCCACUUGCGCGGCGAUGGCAGCGAGAAAGCGCUCACGCUGCUGGUCGUCGGACGAUCCCGUCUGACUUGACGCUGCCCGUGAACGAAUUCCGUCAUGCACCGCGUGCUCGCCUUCCAGACUCGCGGCAGAGCUACCGGCAGGCUAACUGGUGCGUGCAUGCUGUGCUGGUGGUAGGUGGGAUUGUGCAUCUGGGGUGUUCCGCUCAGGUACGCAUCAUAGCUGAGGUGGAAUUGAGCACCUGGGGUUUUGGCCCUCCCUCUCUCCUCAACUACGUCCGCCAGCCCUCCUCUCUCUCUCCCUCCCACAGCCCCUCUCUCUCUCCCUCCCACAGCCCCUCUCUCUCUCCCUCCCACAGCCCCUCUCUCUCUCCCUCCCACAGCCCCUCUCUCUCUCCCUCCCACAGCCCCUCUCUAUCUCCCUCCCACAGCCCCUCUCUCUCUCCCUCCCACAGCCCCUCUCUCUCUCCCUCCCACAGCCCCUCCCUCUCUCCCUCCCACAGCCCCUCUCUCUCUCCCUCCCACAGCCCCUCUCUCUCUCCCUCCCACAGCCCCUCUCUCUCUCCCUCCCACAGCCCCUCUCUCUCUCCCUCCCACAGCCCCUCUCUCUCUCCCUCCCACAGCCCCUCUCUCUCUCCCUCCCACAGCCCCUCUCUCUCUCCCUCCCACAGCCCCUCUCUCUCUCCCUCCCACAGCCCCUCUCUCUCUCCCUCCCACAGCCCCUCUCUCUCUCCCUCCCACAGCCCCUCUCUCUCUCCCUCCCACAGCCCCUCUCUCUCUCCCUCCCACAGCCCCUCUCUCUCUCCCUCCCACAGCCACUCCCUCUCUUUCCUUCCCCCACCCCAAAAUCCUCCCUCUCUUCAGCACUGA